GACCCAACGUAGUCAUCUCCUAUUUCUAUCACCUCCUGCAUCUCACUCUUCUACUCAUUCCGCCACCAGCCGCAGAUGUCGUCGUCAGGCGGACGCAAGGCGGGAACAGCGGCCUUGGCCAGUCACUCGAGCAAUAAGGCACGUUCAGGGCCAAAUAGAACGACCAAAGCCUCGGGCAAACUAAAGAUUCUCCCCGAGGAACCCGAAAGCAAUACUCGUCAACCCACGGACAAGAACGACAGCGAGUCUUCAGAUGACGAUGAUGAUGAUGACAAGUCGACAGAGGGAGGUGACAAGGAGGAUUUGUAUAAGAGGUUGGCUCAUAUCCCCGAGGGGAGUAUGAGGAGGGAUGCUAGGAGGUUGACGAGGAGGGGAAGGGCUACUUUGCCCAGGGUCACGGCUUAUAGCACUGCAACAUCAUAUCGGAUGAGGGAGCUUACUCGCUUCCUCCAGGCUCGUAGCGAAUCACAUCGCACCAACGUCAUGACCUUUGACGAAUGCGUCUACACUACCUACACCUACGACAUCGUCGACGCAGCCCGCAACGGUGUCUCAUCUUCCUCACAAUCCCACCAUCAGUCACAGAGGGAUCGAGCCGCCUCUCUUACCAAGACGGGCGAUCUGCUGGGCAUACCCGAGCUCAACGAAGAGGCAGAAGGAGGAAGUGGAAAUAGCCCCGAGGGAGGCAACGGCGCUGGGAACAACGGGACCUCUUCUUCUACCACCCUCGUCGACGGUACAACUGAAGAGGAAGAAUCUCGCCGACUCGAAAAGGAACGGAUCCGUCGUAGGGAAGAGGCUAGGAGAGAGCGCAAGGAACGCUUCACGGUGAAAGGAGCUCAACCUGAAGUCUUCUUUAUGGAAUACGGUACCAUUGUCAUCUGGGGAAUGACAUUGAGCGAGGAGAAGAGGCUGCUGAGGGAGAUUCGGAGAUUUGAAGUCGAGAAGCUUGCACAAGAAGAUGUCGAGAGUGAAGAGCUGAAUUGGUACUUGGCGGAUUAUAGUCGAAUCUACAACGAUGUCAUUACGCUCCGCCGCGGUUCAAGCUACAUGACAAAACUCUCCCUCUCGCACGCCCUCGCCCAGUCAACAAAGAUCAGCUUCUUCGAGGGGGUCAUCGACAAUACCAUUGAUACCACAAAGGACAUUCCACAGAGUAUUGCCGAAAGUGGAAAAAUUGGAAUGCCACCCGCUGAGAUUAUGAAGCAGAUUGGACAUCUCUUUAUCCUUCGAAUGAACAUCCACCUAGUCGGCUCCAUUGUCGAUUCUCCCGAAAUCUUCUGGGCUCAACCCGACUUGGAACCUCUGUACAGUGCCGCCCGCUCCUACUUGGAGAUUCCUCAACGAAUCGACUUGCUCAAUGCGCGAGUAGAGGUUUUGCAGGAUAUGCUACAACUACUCAAGGAUCAGGUGACCAGUAGCCAUUCUGAAUGGUUGGAAAUCAUCGUCAUUGUACUCAUUGUACUGGAGAUUAUAUUGGGAGUGGCGACGAUGAUUGUUGAUCUCUACUUUGCUUGAGAGUAAGUCGAGGGAGCAAAAAACAAGACGUCAGAGCAAGUAGCCAAACAAGCAAGAAUCUCAAGUAAAGGGG